AUGAUACCGCCCAUCCUACGACGCCCUCAUCCCGCCUUCAUCGUCCUCACGGCUUUGAUCGCCCUCUCUUUCCUGCUCAGCUCGGCCGCCGUCGCCCGCAAUGAUGACCGGACAGCCUUUUCGGCAUCCUUUGCGCCUGCUGCGCAGGAGGUCCAAAACAGCGAGCCGGUGGCUGUGGGGGUGGAGGAGGUCGUGAAGGCGGUCUUACCGACAGUAACCACGACACUACCGACGACGACGGCUAUGACUGCUCCGAAGGAGACGACGACACAGGUGAAGGGGGAAAGUACCACCAAGAAAGAGGAAGAUAUCAAGGAAGCGAAGACGAUGGUGACUGUAACGGUGUCGACACGGGCAACAACUUCAUCUUCGAAUCCUUCGGUAUCUACACAACCAGCCAACCGCCCUCCUCAACCCUCCCCUCACAAUGAUAAUAACAAUAAUAACCCCAAACAGGCCAACUCCAUCUCCUUCACCAAACAACAUCGCCCCCCAGCCGCGGCCAUCCCUCCACCCCCUCUCCCCUCAACCUCAACAUCCUCCCUCCGCUUAGCCCCCUCCCACAACCCCCCACCCUCCCGUCCCCUUCCCAACUCCCGCCCUAACAUGCGCCUCGGCCUGCACGUCCCCGAAGAGUACAAAUACUUUCACGAGGCCGGCAAGUCCAUGGCACUCACGCACUACGACGCCCGCUUCUUUCGGGAUGCUUUGCCCUAUGAGGAGCACCGCAUCGCUUUGCGCAAUUUAAUCCGGAGUUAUCUGGCUACUACGUCAAAGCUGGGGAUAGAAACCUGGCUUGCGCACGGGACGUUGUUGGGGUGGUGGUGGAAUGGAAGGAUCAUGCCUUGGGAUUAUGACGUGGACGUGCAAGUGUCGGGAGCGACGAUGGGGGAGAUGGUGCGGCGGGGGUUGAACGGGAGUUUUUGGAGUUAUCCCGACGAAUCCGAGGGAACCACUGUCGACAAACGGACCUACCUGCUCGACAUCAACCCUCACUGGUCACAACUCGAGCGCGGCAAAGGGUUGAAUGUGAUCGACGCGAGAUGGAUUGACACACAGACGGGCAUGUUUGUCGAUAUUACGGUGUUGAUGGAGCGCGAACCCAAAAAAAUGCCGGGGGUGUGGAGCUGCAAAAACAGGCAUUAUUAUGAUCCGUGGAAGCAGCUGUAUCCUCUCCGGGAGACGGUGUUUGAGGGAGUGAGGGCGCUGGUGCCGUUUGCGGUGGAGGAGGUGUUGGUGGCGGAGUAUGGGGAGAAGUGCUUGGUUGCUACGGAGUGGGAGGGCCACCGCUGGGAUGGUGAACUCCGCGAAUGGGUCAAGAUGAAGGUAAUCCCUUCCUCCACUCAAACGCCUCCUGGCGCUGUCGAGACUCUGGCCGCCGAAGCAUCCAAGAAGCCUGAGACUUUGGAGACGCCGCGAGUUGUUCCGGCCGAAGAGACUCGCAUCAAGAAGCCCAAUAACGAAUCCAAUGUCGAGCAAACCCUCUCAGAAGACCCGGCCGUCCCUUUAGACGGACUUCGCCCUGAUAAGGCGUUUGAGAAAUAA